AUGAUGGAUCAGUCCAAGUACGGAGACUAUGUGGUGGACAAAUCAUUCAAGUUUAGCGAUGUGGACGAGCCCAAACUUAAAGGAUAUAGCCUUGGAGCUGAAUUGGACAUACUUUUGUCAAGCAUAAAACUUCGCGACACAGACGAAGGUCUCUACAACAAACUUAUGGUAGAAAAACAACGCAAAGAGCCUGUGUUUCCAGCCUGCGACACAAGCGAAGCUCCACAUUUGUUGUGGCUCAUUGGUUUUCCGACUGGUCGGUAUAUUAACGAUAAUGAGGCGUUGCGCCGUCAAAUGGCGGGUGUACGGGGUAUGCGCACACGGAUAAAUCGCGUCGGGAUGCUAAAGGAAGCCAGCCUAUCACGUAAGGAUAUUAAGGAGGAUACAGAAGGUGAUUCCCUGCGUUUAGAUCAAGUGAAGAAGGCGUUGAUUGAGGAUCUUGAGCAGAGCUAUAAAAAUGAAUGCGACAGGAUGUAUUUUAACAAAACACAAGUAUUACCAAGCCCCUCAAAUCGCCCUAGGGUGCGCAAUUCGCUGCUUAAGGGUAUAAUUAGCAAGCUUCUUGAGUUGAAGCAGACGAAGAACCCCGCUAUAUUGUUGCGCAAACCCACAAGAGACGAUACAGAGGCCGGUCAUCAUUAUGCUUUCUACCACUGGAAUUUUGAGGACGUUAUAGAAUCCAUGGUGUUGUUUAACGUAGGUGAACUUACUAGCAAUGUAACAUUCCUGCAGGACAUGUACAUGGAUUAUAACCGCGAGAUUCUAAUCGAAAGCGUGAAGAACGGGGCACCGUUCAAUCCGAUUACAUUCAACAUUCUAAGACCCGAGUGGAAAGUACCUAGGGACUACCUUUGGCCUGAGAGGUUGUGGGGCCUUCCGCUUGGUCUUUGGUUGGAAAAGUUUCGAACGGGCGACAUAGAUGCUAAACAGCAUUGGGUGCGCCGCGACGUACUUGAUUAUCUACAGUUUGAUUGGGGUGAUGGUUUGAAGUAUCUAACAUUCACGUGGGAUAAACUGGUACUUGGGCUACUGUGGUACAUAAAUUUUAGAGGUCAUCCUAUUAUGGAUAUGGACCCUCACCUCGUAAUAUCCAACGCAGAACUAGUUGCCAAGUGGGGAAAACCGGAAGAAAUCCAAGGUCUGAAGCUAGGGUACAUAUUUUACAGCGCUAUGGAUCAAAUCCAGGUCCUGAAAAAACAUCACCCCGAACGGUACGAGUUUUUGACAGAGAUGGGCAUCAGUCACAUUUGGCACGAAGACUUCGAUUUGGGUUACAGAUCGACCCCGCAUGAAAAAUCGGCACCGAUGUCGCGCCACAUUAAGAUGUCUAAGGAUUCCAAAUAUCUUAGGGACUAG